AUGUUGUGGCUGUUGUGGUUUCUGCUGUUGCGACUUCUGCUGCUGUGGCUGUUGUGGCUGCUGGAGUUGCUGCUGUGGCUGUUGUUGCUGUUGUUGAUGAUGACCGUGACGAUGCUCAACAGUGGGGCCAGUAAUAAGCGAAAUAAAAACAAGCCAGAUUUUUCGGAUAAAGCCAGCAAAAUAUUUGAUAAUAAUAACACUAGCUGUAGUAGUAAGAAUAAUAAUAAUAAUAAUAACAACAACAACAACGAUGAUGAUGAAGACAACAUUGCCAAUGACAAAGAACAAAAUGUUGCAUUGAAUAAUACAAAUAAUAACGGUACCAACAACAACGACAACAACCACAACGAUGAUGAUGUCAACAACAAUGAUGACAUCAAUACAUUUACUGAAAACAUCAACAACGACACAAACAGCAGCAGCAACAACAACAACAACCGCAACAACAACAACAUCGUCUUAAAGAACGACCUCAAUGGCAAAGAUGAUAUAAACGACAUCGUCGAUAAUAACUUGGAGAACGACAUUACGGUUCACCGUGCAAACAACAACAACAACAACAACAACAACAACAACAACAACAACAACAACAACAUCAUCAACAACAACAACGAAAACACUUUAGGACAACUUCAGCAGCUAAAAAAUGACAACAAUGGCGGAGAAAAGCAAUCACUUAUUCAAAAACCACGGCCACAACAGCCACCACAACAUUCUCAACAGAAACACUACAAGCCACUACCACAGCAACCACAGCAGCCACAGCAGCAGCAUCACUUCCGACCGACCACAGCCAAGCAACGCGAAAACAUCACACUGAUGUUAAUCGUCGUCGUAACGGUCUUCAUCCUCUGCCAAACCCCGGAUCUCAUCAUCCGGAUCCAGGCCACCAUCGAAGACUACUCCCCCUACUCCUCAUUGACCAGAGAUCAGCAGUGGGCAUUCAGGAUGACCAAUCACGUGGCCAACUUACUCCUCACUUUAAAUUCAGCCAUCAACUUCCUCCUCUACUGUCUGGUCGGUCGCAAGUUCCGGAAAAUCCUUUUCAAGAUGGUUUCCGGCGGAUGCGGAAGAUGCCAGAAUGCCGGAAGUAGGUACGAUGACGUCACUACAAAACCGGAAACAAUCCCGAUCUCUAAAAUUUGA